GUUUCUCUCGCGAGAUCCUACGAGACAUGUGACGAGAGUGCGCGUGGAGGAAGCGGGCCGGAAGAAGAACAAAAUGGCGGCUGACGGAGAAGACGUUAUCGUGCUUUUUAAAUCUCUGUCUUAUUAAUCGAAUACGAGGGGGGACUUUGACCAAGGAGGAAAAGGAGCCACAACAUCAACUACUGGACGCUGUUUGAUUCAAACAUCAAGUUGUGUUGCACACCGCAGACAUCUGUGAGGAACAUCUUCUCCCUGAGCAGCAGGGGUGGAGCUUCGGGAUGGAGGAGGAGGAGCCACAGACCUCCCACUUUAAAGAGGAAGAGGAGGAGCAUAUCAUCAGUCAGGUGGGAGAGCGUCUGGAAUGGUCGGAGGAGGUCCCGGUGGUUGUGAAGAGUGAAGACGGCGAGGUCAAAGUUGAAAGAGAGGCGGAGCCUCCAACAGAAGGUGAGAGAGACCACAGUGGAGGACCACCAGCUGACAAGAUCUUAGCGCCACUAUCAGACGGUGAGGACAGGACGUCACACACUCCUGACACUGAUGAUGAUGAUGAAGACUCUAAGGAUAAUGCAACAUGUCACACUGACAACACACACUUGACGUGUUCUCACUGUGACAAAACCUUUAAGCACCGUUGCAGUCUGAAAACACACAUGAGAACGCACACCGGGGAAAAACCCUUUUCCUGCACAGAAUGCGGUAAAGGAUUCGCGCGAAAGAAUGUGCUGAAAGUACACAUGAGAACGCACACCGGAGAAAAACCUUACUCGUGUUCGGUGUGCGGUAAAGGUUUCAUACAAAGUGGGGACUUGAAAAUACACAUGAGAACGCACACCGCAGAAAAACCGUUCAUGUGCUCAGUUUGUAGUAAAAUAUUCUCCGUGAAAGGGAAUUUGGUAAUGCACUCGAGAAUUCACACCGGCGAAAUACCUUUUAUCUGUUCAGAAUGUGGUAAAGGCUUCACACAAAGUCACAACUUGAAAGCACACAUGAGAAUACACACCGGGGCGAAACCCUUCCCGUGCAUCGUCUGCGGCAAAGGUUUCACACGAGGCUGCAAUUUAAAAACCCACAUGCGAGUACACACCGGAGAAAAACCCUUUUCGUGUUCCGUGUGCAGCAGAGGUUUCACACAAAGCGGCGAGUUGAAAAUUCACAUGAUGAUGCACACUGGAGAAAAACCGUUCAUGUGCUCAAUUUGCUCCAAACGAUUCACCCAGAAGGCGUAUUUGCAAAUACACGCCAGGAUACACAGCGGCGAAAAACCUCAUAUCUGUUCAGUCUGCGGCAAAGGUUUCACACGCAGUCACCACUUGAAGGUUCACAUGAAAACACACAAGGGUGAGAAAGUGUAGAGUUGUGGUCUUUUACUUCGUCAUUGUACAAAACUCAGUACUUUUACUUCAACUAAUUUGACUGAAAAUGUUAGAGUAAGCACUACAAAAAAUGUUACAUAAAAUAAAGAUAUGUGUGUACAAAUAUACUUAGUUCACUUGUGUACGUUUUCUUAGUCUAUGUAGUUUUUCUUCAACAAUGAGUUGUUAGUCUAUAUUCUCAAUUUUAACUGUAAAUGGUUCCUUUAUAUGAUAUACAUCUUCAUUUUACAUGUGUUCAUACUUCUGGACCACUUCUGGAAGCUUAUGAUUAUUUACUUUAUACAUCAUUUGAGCAGUUGUGUUUUAUACAAGAUCAUUUAAAGGGGAACAUUAUCAGCAGAUUUAUGUAAGCGUCAAUAUAUACCUUGAUGCUGCAGAAAAAAGAAUAUAUAUUUUUUUAACCGAUUUUCGAACUCUAAAUGGGUGGAUUUUGGCGGAUUAAACGCCUUUCUGUUUAUCGGGCUGGAGGCGAUGACGUCAGAAUGUGACGUCGCCGAGGUAACACACCCACCAUUUUCAUUUUCACAUUACAAACACCGGGUCUCAGCUCUGUUAUUUUCUGUCUUUUGGACUAUUUUUUGGGACCUUGGAGACAUCAUGCCUGGUGGGUGUGUUGUCGGAGGGUGUAACAACACUAACAGGGAGGGAUUCAAGUUGCACCACUGGCCCCAAGAUGCCAAAGUGUCUGCCGCCAGACCCCCAUUGAAUGUGCCAGAGUGUCUCCACAUUUGACCGGCGAUGCUAAAGCAGACAUGGCACAGAGUAGUAUGGAUAACCUGCAGAUGCAUUUGCAACUAUUAAGUCAACGAAAUCACAAAGGUGAGUUUUGUUGAUGUUGACUUAUGUGCUAAUCAGACAUAUUUGGUUGCGGCGUGACUGCCAGCUAAUCGAUGCUAACAUGCUAUGCUAAUCGACGCUAACAUGCUAUUUACCGGCGGUGCUAAAGCAGACAUGGCACAGAGAUGUAUGGAUAACCUGCAGAUGCGUUAGCAACGAUAAAGUCAAUGAAAUCACAAAGGUGAGUUUUAUUGAUGUUGACUGCCAGCUAAUGUAUGCUAACAUGCUACGCUAAUCAACGCUAACAUGCUAUUUACCGGCGGUGCUAAAGCAGACAUGGCACAGAAAUGUAUGGAUAACCUCCAGAUGCGUUUGCAACGAUUAAGUCAAUGAAAUCACAAAAGGUGAGUUUUGUUGAUGUUGACUGCCAGCUAAUCGAUGCUAACAUGCUACGCUAAUCGAUGCUAACAUGCUAUUUACCGGCGGUGCUAAAGCAGACAUGGCACAGAGAUGUAUGGAUAACCUGUAGAUGCAUUUGCAACUAUAUUACGUUUCCUUCCACCCACAUUUAAUGCGAAACAAACACUUACCAAUCGACGGAUUUAAGUUGCUCCAGUGUCAAAAGAUGCGAAAGUCCUGAUCGUUUGGUCCGCACAUUUUACCGGCGAUGCUAACGCAGCUAUUCGGCCAUGCUAUGGCUAUGAAUAGCGUCAAUAGCUUCAGUUUCUUCUUCAAUACUUUCAUACUCCAACCAUCUGUUUCAAUACAUGCGUAAUCUGUUGAAUCGCUUAAGUCGCUGAAAUCCGAGUCUGAAUCCGAGCUAAUGUCGCUAUAUCUUGCUGUGGUAUUCCCAUUGUUUGUUUACAUUGGCAGCACUGUGUGACGUCACAGGGAAAUGGCCAGUGUCUUCGCAGAGAGACGAAAUAAGGCACUUUAAAGCUUUAUUUAGGGAUAUUCCGAGACCGGUAACAUUUUGAAAACAACUUCAAAAAAUACAACAAGCCACUGGGAACGGAUUUUUAUUGUUUUUAACCCUUUUGAAAUUGUGAUCAUGUUCCCCUUUUAUUUAAAAUGUGUGACUUUAUCAAUCAUUUGUUGACUCUCAGUCCAUUUUAUUAAUGACUUUUAUUACUCUUUCGUAAUAUUAAUAUUGUUCUGUGAUUGUUUUAUAUGUAUGUCCCCACACCUUUUUGCAACAAUGUAUGCUUCAACUAAAGUUGGGUACAAUAAAUGUAGUGAAGAUU